CCCCAGGCCAGACUCUGCAUGAACGCAGGCUGACAGCAGUCCUCGGGAGCCAUGGCAUUCACCGUCCUCUGGGGGCAGCGCCUGUGGGGGGAAGUAGGAGGUGAGUGGUAGUCUGGGACUGGGGUGUUGUCCAGAGGCUGUGGAGAGAUGUGGUUAGGCUGAGGAAAAGAGGGCUCCGUGUUAGGCAGGUGAGGAGGGAGGGAAAAAGAAAAAUCCUCAUCUGAAUCACAAUAUUUCAGGGGGGAGGAAGGGUUAGAAAGAGUGGCUGUGGUGAAGAGCAGAUCAUGUGCAAAUGUAAUUGUGUCUGGAUCGAUUCUGUUGCCGUAGCGUCUAAGAGCCCAUUGUGUGGCUACUGUAAACGCCAACUCGUUGCCAGGGGUGUUAAGGAGAUGUGUGAUUAUGUCUUUGUAAUGUGCUAAUAAAAUGUGCAUGUUUUGCCAUAACCAAGUGAGUGUGUUUUCUUUGAGUGUGUCUGUUGUGUUUUGUGAUGGAGAGGAUGGUUUUAUGAAGCUGGCCAGUUGGAGUGUUUUGCGUAACAUCCCUUUAGGAAUUUCGCCCUCCUCAAAAGCCUGCUGUAUGUUGUUGUGAUGAUGUGUGGCUUGUAUAAGUUUUAAGUGAUGUUUAGCUGCAAAACGGGUGGAUGUGUCCAGUGCCUGUUUAAUUGGUGUGUGUGUGUUCGUAUGUGCGGUGUUGUUUGUGCCGUGUGUGCUGCUGUGUCUGCUUUCCGGUCCGCUCUGUGUGUGGGGAGAAAAAGAAAAAGAGAGAGAGGGAGGGGUCCUGUAAGUUGCAGCCGCGGGUCUGCCUGCUCCCCCCCGACCCCGCUCGUGUCGGGGUCCGCUGCCCUCCGCCCUGUGUGCACCCGUGUGUGUGUGUGACCCACCUGCGUCCAUCUCGCUGCAUGCGGUUGUUGCGGUUUCUGCGUCAUGUCGUUCCGUGUUUCCGGGUUCUCUGUGGAGUAGACUGGGUGGAAAAAGUCUUAUUUCUUUUUAAUCCAACAGAGGAGGAAGCCGACAGUUGCGGGAGAGGAGGAUGAAGCGCUCAGGUAGGCAAGGUGUUCACACCGGGUGCUAUUAAAACGUAACUUUUAAUGAUUUAAAUUUAAAAAACCAACGAGGGUCCUGGUUCCGAAUAAUAAAGAGACUAAUUAAAAAGUUUAAGGAGCGGCAGCGGCUCCGCUGACAGAGCAGGAUCCCCUGACGUUUCGUGCCUCGCCGGCACUUCUUCAGAGGGGAAAUGAAAGGGGGAAAGGGUUAGGGUUAGGGUUAGGGUUAGGGUUACCUGCUGGAGGGCCUGGUGCGGUGGAACGAGAAUCGAGGCAGGGCGGCAGUUGAGGGAGGACAGAGGUCGGCGCUGCGUUGCUACAGUGCCCAGCUGCAGCACAGCUUCGACCAGCUGACCCAAGAGCUUCUUGGGCUCACGCUGGUCGACACUUACACCGUGCCCAGGGAGUACACAGGUAAGUCAUAAAUCUGUCUGAGGUAACGGUAACGUUUAACACCUGUCUUAGGUGUCUGUCAUUUAACAUCUCCUGACACUCCAGGGACUGAUGAGGAGGAAGCGGGGGGGGGCAGUGAUGAAGGGUUCGAGGAGGAGGAGGAGGAGGAGGAGGAGGAGGAAGAGGAGCCAGAGGAGAUUCGUCUCCUCGAACACCACAGCGCUCUCCUUCAGUCCUCAAACCUCACCCGCCCCCCCCGCUUGGACCUAAUGGAGGUGCAGCAGGCUGAGGAGGAGGACGUUAUCGGGCCAGACGGUCGAGGCAGCUACCAGCACGUCGUGGCCCUGGCCCAGGCCCUCGUGGAACUGCGCCACCGCCGCUACGUCACUCCCAGGCAAGCCAGAGAGGUCACCGCUCUCUGGCUGAAAUUGAGUGACUGGGACAAGGCGGCGGUCACAUUCCCCCCCCGUCACCAGGACCGGCUCGUCCAGGGCCGAUUCAGGACCACCCAGCGGCACGCUCACACACCAGGGGUGGAUAGUGUGAAGCGUGCGGUCCUGGGCAAGGGGGCGGGAGCGGCGCAGUCUCCCGAUGUGUCGAGGCUUGUGGAGGCUGUCCUGCUGGACCUCAGCAUCCUCCACUGCAGUGAGGGGAGGACGAUUGCCGGGGUCCGCAUUCAUCGCUGGAGUGCCGUCAUGAGGGACUAUCAAACAAUUCGAGAGAAUGUUUAUAGUUGUGCAGCCCUCAUGCAGGCACCCGCAUCCAGCUGUAUGAGGCACACCAAGAGGAGCAAGGCGAUGAUGAGGGACACCAUCGCCAUUGCAGUCCCGGGGCCCAGCGCUUCCCAGACUGCAGCGGAGCCCCUGCCUGCCCCACGGACUGUGCUGCAGCAGCCUGAGCAGCCAGACCAGCCCCUCCAGCACCGCCUGCCUGCGGACGCUUCUGGUCUGGCUGCCACCAUCAGAGGGCCGCUGGCCCCGGAGCUAUACGACCUCAUCGUCGCCAGCUCCUCAACUGCCACCACCUCCUCCUCCUCCUCCUCCUCAGCCACCCCACAAGCCUCCACCAGUGUCAGCGCGGACGCCGUCCGUCCACCAGUGCCAGCGCAGACGCCGUCCCGUCCGCCAGCGCAGAGGCAGGUGUCACCCCCUCCACAGCCACAGCUGCCACUGCUCCACCAGUGCCUAGAAACACUGCCUGGAGGCGCAAGCUCCAGGAGGAGAAAGAGCGUCGUGCCCGGGAGCUGGGAGAAUAUAUGAAACCAGCAAAGAAGGUCUCCCACUUCAACUGCAGGCACUGUGGCCAACCAAAGACGCGGGCGUUUGGCCACAGCCGCUACAAGACGGAGACCUUCUGCUCCCGGGCCGACGGGAAAGGGAGAACUGUGGAGCAGUGGCUGGCAGAGGUGAAGGGGCGUGAUGGUGCAGCCCCCCCUCCCUGAGCGAACACUUUGUGUGUGUGUGUGUGUGAGUGUGUGAUGGGGCAG